GAAAGAGAGAGCGCUAUCGGCUCAUGGAAUGGAUCGAUCCUUCUUGCGUGUUCCAAGCCCUGACCUAAAGAAAAAUGAGAAAGAGACUUGUGCUUAGCGCGUAUUUCCAUUCUCAUGGCUCCAAAUAAGCCACGCUCCCUACCAGGGCUUAGCUAGGGUUUUAGAAAUGGGGACGCUUGUUGCGACGAUCGUCGCUCCAUCUGCUCUCGCGCCUCGCGCCACCGCUUCCAAGAUCUGCUGUGGCGCUGGGAGCGUGGAUUCGAGCAAUGCAGCCUGUUUGAGGAGCGACUCUAGCGUGGAUUCGCGGAGCGGGGGCGGGGAUUUGCGAUUUCGGACCGCAUUUCUCCCCAGCAUCAGCGUAAAGAAGAAUAUUUCGGUGAGAAGGCAAAGAUCAAGAGCUAGGCUGGGUGUUCGUGCUAUUGCAUUGAAGCAGUUAGAGCUAGGAGCUCCACCACCAGAUUUUGAGCUUGGAGAGCCCGCGACUGGCAAGGAGUGGUGCCUCAAAGAUUUCCAGCAGUAUCCAGCUCUUUUGGUGAUGUUUAUUUCGUAUCGCUGCCCAUUUGUAGUGUUUUUGAGAUCUGCUCUCAUCCAGCUAGUGGAAGAGUAUAUGGAGAAAGGUCUCGGGGUCGUGGCUAUAUCGCCGAAUUCUGUCGUAGUUUUUCCAGAGGACGGACCGGCUGAGAUGCAAGAGGAAGUCGAGAAGUACGGCUACAAGUUCCCCUAUCUCUACGACGAGACUCAAGAGGUUACUCAAGCGUACGCACCACUUGGCACUCCCGAUUUUUUUGUUUUCAGAAAGAACGAGGAGCAAAAGUUUGAACUCGCGUAUCACGGCCAGUUUGACGACGCAAGGGACCACAACCCAAACAAAAUUCCCAUCACUGGAAGGGAUUUGAGAUUAGCACUAGAUGCGGUUCUCACGGGUAAACCGGUCGAUCCACACCAAAAGCAUAGUAUGGGCUGUGCCAUUCAAUGGCAUCCACAUCUCAUCCCAAAACUCUAUCCAAAGCCCAAGUUGGAGAAAGACGACACCAAUCUUCUUUGGCAUGCCUGAUAAGAUCACAACAGCGAUGCAGAGAGGCAGAAACUUCCAACUUUUUAUGGUUCCGGGUGCCAUUUGAUACUACAUCCCAUGCUGAAACAGGAAGAACUCUGGCGUGCAUACUGCUCCAAACGCCCGUGCAGCCUCUUGUGUCUGGAAGGAAGAUCACGAUCACCACUUUGGAAAGUUAAGGAAGGAAUGUGAUGCUCACUUCGUCGUAGAGGUAUGGGAACUCGUAUCCAAGCCUCUUCGCUUCCUCUGCCAUCGCCGCUGGGCCGUCCUGCGAGCUCGCAAAACUCGAUUCAUCGAUCCAAGCAAGUAUCGCAGACUGUAAACACCUGAGGAUGUGUUCUCACUGAAUUGGAAGAGAUGCCAACAA